CAGCUGUCUACUUUCUAUCCUGGGGGCGUCAAAACGGCUGAUACUUUUCUAGUGGUUCCGAUAUCGAUCAUUCCAGGGGCCUUGGAUAUUUCCAACUCAGAUGGCAGCCUGAUGGCCCUUAUCUGCACCAGUAUGCCUUCUAGCAUGCGAUUGUCCUUAUUUUUGAUGCUCAAGUCGGUUUUUGAUGGCCUGGACAUUUCAAGGAUCAGACUGCUAUGUCUGUUUCUGAAGAAACCUUUUAGAUGCACACACUUCAGUCACUGGAAUCGCUAUGGACUAACGGGUCAUACUGCGCUGCAGGGUGUCCAUCCUCAUGACCUAGAGGCUGCUGGAGGGAGAAGAACUAACCUUAGACAGACUUUACCUUAUACAGGUGAGUCGGAAUUUGACUCCAACAAUUAUUUGUUGAUGGUCAAUCAGAUCUCACAUCACCUUCCCGAUGAGUAUAAGGUUCUGGUCAAGCUGGUAGACAUUCUGCCUAAUGCUGAGGGAUCUCUAGUCAGACAUUUCCUCUCAUUGGUGGUGAAUAUUAAUGUGUGCAUGGUGGCACAUAGGGAUGCCAAGGACUUUGAACUAUGCCUAGUGCUGGCAGUAGGGGAGUUCACUGGUGGUGGACUAGUGAUGAAAGAGCAGGGGCUAGUCGCAGAACUCAGGAAUGGGGACUUUGCGAUAUUCAGGUCAGGAGAAACUACUCAUUUCAAUUUGGAUUAUUUGGAUGGGAGGGCAUCUCUGGUGAUGCAUACUGAUGGUGGGUUUAAAACAUGGGAGAAAGAUCGAAAUGGUUGGAAAAAUCACUCCCACUUCACAUAUUUAUGA